GGAAGAGGCGCGGCCAGCGCGGCGGCGGCGGCCUCGGAGCGGCGGGAUGGCAGCGGCGGGGCCGCGUCCCGGGUGCCGGUGGGCUGAGGCCGUCGUGCUGCGGCUGCUGGCCGUGCUGCUGCUGGCGGGCGCGGCGGGCGCCGGGCAGCGAUCCAAAUGGCGGCUGCCGUUGCCCAUGGGGAAGAAAUUUAGCUUUGGGAAGAUUCUCUUCAGCAACACCACCAUUUUCCUGAGAUUUGAAGGAGAUGAAAGAGCUUGUGAUUACUCUCAAGUUUACAAUGUUACUUGGUACUUAAGAUACUCUGACUGCUACAAUGAAGUCUUCAACUUUGGGGAUGAACAGGCAGAAAGCUACUUUAUGGGUACAUCUGAAACGCAUCCGGGCUGGUCGGGAUACUACGCCACGGGUUCUGUUGGCUUUACAAAUUGUUCUAAGCUCUUCAGGCCUCAGAUUUUCUACAAGGAAUUUGUUCAUCCAGAGCCUCUCUCACCUGAGAAACAUGAGGAGUUCAAAGAGAAGAAGGAGAGUGGAGGAAAUCACACAACGGUGGCAGAUAAGGCUGCUGGAUUCCAAGCCGUGAAAUCCAACACACACACGGCAAUGAAUGCUCUUAUCAAAACUUGGCGAGAUGGACCUUAUAUAUUUAUAGUGCAAAUUGAUGGUGCAAAGGAUUCGAAUGCCAGGACUUCGAGAGCGCUGAGAACAACACCUUCCUCCUAUCAAAAUAGGCCCAUUACAAUGAUGGUAGAACUGAAGGGGCCGUAUGAGUAUCUCUCGCUUGCAGACUAUCCCCUGAUGAUUUUUUUCAUGGUGAUGUGUAUUGUGUACGUCUUCUUCGGGGUUCUGUGGCUCGCGUGGUCUGCCUGUUACUGGCGGGAUCUCCUGAGGAUCCAGUUCUGGAUUGGUGCUGUUAUCUUCCUGGGCAUGCUGGAGAAAGCAGUUUUCUAUGCAGAGUUCCAGAACAUCCGCUACACAGGGGAAUCUGUUCAAGGAGCAGUGAUACUGGCAGAACUGCUUUCUGCCGUGAAGCGCUCGUUGGCUCGAACUCUGGUCAUCAUAGUCAGCCUGGGAUAUGGGAUAGUCAAACCUCGACUUGGAGUUACUCUUCACAAAGUAGUUAUGGCUGGAGCCCUUUAUCUGUUGUUUUCUGGCAUGGAAGGUGUUCUCAGAGUCACAGGGUUGUUCUAUGACACUGUGGCUCUGAUAGCAAACUUGGCCCUGUCCUUGAUUGAUGCCUGUAUUAUUUUGUGGAUAUUCAUCAGCUUAACUCAAACAAUGAAACUGCUAAAGCUUCGAAGGAAUGUUGUGAAACUCUCUUUGUAUCGGCACUUCACCAACACCCUCAUCUUGGCGGUAGCAGCAUCUAUCGUAUUUAUCAUCUGGACCACCAUGAAGUUCAGACUGGUGGACUGUCAGUCGGACUGGCAGGAGCUAUGGGUGGACGAUGCCAUCUGGCGUUUAUUGUUUUCGAUGAUCCUGUUUGUCAUCAUGAUUCUGUGGAGACCAUCUGCUAACAACCAAAGGUUUGCCUUCUCACCACUGUCUGAAGAGGAGGAGGAUGAUGAGCAGAAAGAGCCAAUGUUAAAGGAAAGCUUUGAGGGAAUGAAAAUGAGGAGUACAAAACAAGAACCCAAUGGGAAUGUAAAAGCAAACAAAGCUCAGGAGGAUGACCUAAAGUGGGUAGAGGAGAACGUUCCUUCAUCAGUGACAGAUGUGGCUCUUCCAGCUCUUCUGGAUUCAGAUGAGGAAAGGAUGAUUACACACUUUGAAAGGUCCAAAAUGGAAUGAAGGAGUGGCUUCUUGCCGUUGGAAGCGGAGACGCCUCUUUUAAAGGUUACUUGGCGUAGAACAAGCGCAUCCUGCUGAUUUGUUUCUUGAUCUGGGCCUUGGAAGUUUGAUGCUUUGUUGUUGUGAGGGCGUCUCGGUGUGGAGGAAGUUCACAAGGACAUCACAAACCUUUUGGAAAAUUGGAAUUUACCAAGUUUGCUGCAAGUUUUGGAUUUUGAAGCAAUUGAGACGUGUCCUGUCCCAGCACCUUCUGUAACUUUUCAGAUAUUGAAUCUGUGAAACUAAAAUUCCUAAUGUCUGCUUGAGGAGUUGAUAUUUCAAUCUUAAAAUUGACACUUAAAGGUGAACUGCCUGUACCUUUUUUAGGGGUGGGGAAGGUAAGGACAGAUAAAAAAACAAGCACUGAAGAAACAAAGAGAACCUGGUUUCUGGUAGCUAACGGCUUAACUACUGUUGUGUGUGUGUAUCCAACAUGAGUGAGAAGCUUGAAAGGGAAGCUCCUGGUGAUGAAGAAAAGGUACCAGAAAGGAAAAUAUUUGGAGGAGUUACAGUGAUAAGAGGUUUUUAACCAAAUAAGUGCAAUUUUAUUCAUAACACUGUGUAAGAAAGAUUUGUUUUCUAUUUUAAAUGCCAUUGACCUAGAGGCAAGAGCUGCAUCGAGCUAACACUGUUGUGGCGCAUCUCACUGUGGGUGCCUGGCACAAGGACCUGCCCCUGCCCUUCCCUGUGUUGCAUGAUUGACUUUAAAACAAAAAACCCCAGAGCCAACCAAAACCAAACAUCACCAAACCCCUUCCUGCAGUGCUCCACAGGAGCUUGACUACUUGUGUUAAGCAGGCGCUUAAGUAGGCGUUACAAGCAGAACUCUUCUCCCUGCACGUGUAACAUCUCCCACAGAGGAGUUGGCCUUGCUUUUUAGAGGGUGGAAGCACUGCUUAUCUUACUUGAAAGAGGCUUUAAUGGGAGCCCAGAGUGCUGGUGUAGUUCUGUUUCCAGUAUCUGUUUAGAAUUGCCUCCCAUGUAACUCACUCAAUGAUGGGCUUUUCCUGUCCCAGUUGGUUCCAGUGGCCAAGAAAUAGCCUGAGAUCACUGUGUUUCAAAGUUGCAGAUUUCUGCCUCUAUGUAAUUGCUUUUUCUUUCUCUUUUCCAAAUGAAAAAGAGCUUUUGGACAGCGUUGUUUUUAUUCUAUGCUUGGCUGUAGCAGUUGGACUUGCAAUAACUUACCCAUGGAAACCCACUGUAGACUGUAUGAUAAAAGCUCUAAUUUGUGUUCAUAACUUUUUUUUGACAACUGACAGCUAGCAGGGAAGCAGCAGCACAGCUGGGCUGCUGGAGAGCUGAUGUGGCUGCUGCUGGAGGGGCACAGGGAGUCGCCCUUUCUGGUUCUUCACUCAUAGGUGUGUCAGCAGAAGUGAACAUGUGCCUGUACUUCAUUCAUUCCCGCUGUAAGGUCGGGUGGCUUAGCUCAAGUUCAUCUUUAUCAGCAGUUUACCCUGAAGUUUGGCACUUUACAGUAGAGUAGCAGAGGCACAUGUGGAGCAUCUUCUGUUAGCUGUGCUGUGAGGGCAGCAAAUGCUCACUGAGUGGACAGAGAGGGAAAAGCUAUGGCUGUAACACCUCAGUCUCCCUCUGCAAGGGUUGCUAGAGCUCUUCUGCCAUCCCUUUUAGCCCACAGGGAGAAUCUUUAAUUAGGAAACACUCCCAAUUUGCUCUGCUUCAUUGAUAUAGAGGAGAAAAAUACCCAUUACCUCCAGGUCCUUUUCAGGAGAGGAAAUUUUGUGGAAUAAAGCUACACAAAACUCACUAUUUAAUGGUUUUAUUUUUCUGAAGUACUAUUGUUUUGGGGUUGUUUGGGAUUUUUGGGGAGACAAAUAGGGGAAAGUGUUCUCCGCUGGAAGCACAAAAGAAGUUUGUAUGUACUAUUUAAUAAAAGUUAGGCAAAGAGUAGAAA